CACUUGUCAAUGUCCAGACAAGAUCACUCAUUCAAACUGGUCAGUUGUUAUUCAACACUUUGCUCUGUUAAGACUUUUAGUGAAGGUUUAAAAAAUGUUCCUAAAAAAAAUUUUACUUCUUGCCAUUUUCGGUGUGCUCUUCAGUUUGAUUGCUUCAGCACCUCAAAUGUUAGAUGAAACUUCAUCAUGUUUUGGCAAAUCUUGUCCACCAAGAACAACAGGAUGUAAGAAAGUAACCAAAACAACUGAUGACAAGCAGAUUAUGGAAGAGACCAUCGUAUGUAUGGAUAUCCGAGAUCAAGAACUGGAGAGAUUCUCAAAACAGAUGCCAAACCCAUAUGGACCAAACACCCAUUACGAGAGCAGCUCAUUCACUGGUUCUUAUACAUUUACCAGUGGUGGUAGUUUGGUACCCAUAAGUAUAAAUACUAAUAAUAAUCUUGGUGGUGAUUUAGACGAUAAUGUUGAGACUUUCUAAUUAAGAUUCCUUAAAAACAGAUCAUCUUUGAAAAUGUAAAAUAAUAACUAUUAAAACUACUAAUUUGAUAUUUUCAAUAAACAAUUUUCGUUAUAAAAUAUUAACACUGUGUCCUGCAUAAGUUAGUGUUUUGACCAAUAGGAGAUGAAUAAAAAAUGUAUGUUUUGUCUUGUCAACAUUUUCCACUUAAGAAAUAGGCACCUAGAGAUUAUUUUGAUUUUGUGUUGGUUAUUUAAUUAGUUUUGUUAUGAAUAGAUUUCAAUGUUCAAUGUAUGAAGGUAGACAUGAUGUUGCUGGAAUGAAUUGUAUAAUUUCUGGAGAUUUACAAGUCAAAUACUACGUUAAUAACUGACACAGAGCUAGUUCAUUAUGUUUCCAUCGAUGAAUUAUGUGUUUGAAGAAAAUAUAUUACAACUAUUGA